UUAAUAAUAGAAAAAAGUGACAGUGUUUAUUUAAAAUAUUAUAAAAUGUUUAACAAACGCGUGAGUCAAUUUAUUUUGACUAAUUAUGAAAUUCAGUAUUUAAAACUAUCCAGCAUCAAUGGAUCUAGACACUACUAUCAAUCAUCAAACAAUAAAAUAACACCAUCAUGUAAAUUAAAUCAUCAAUCACAAUUUAAUACAAUAUUAAAAAUAAAUAAAAACAAUCAGUUGUAUUCAAGUAACAUGGCCAUAAAAACUUACUCAAAUUUAUCACAAAAAACACAAAAUAUUGAAGAUGAUAAUAACACUAGUAGUACUCAUGAUGACAAUGAUAAUUGUGAUGAUAAUUUUGAUGAUAAACAAUUUACUGAAAAUGGAUAUUUAUAUUCAAUUCUUAAUAGUUCAAAUAAAUAUUCAGCUACAAUUGUUCCACCUCUUUUUGAUCAAUUAACUAAUGAUGAAUCAUUCUUAAAAAAUUUAACUGAAAAUGAAAAAGUACUUGAAGAAAAUACAGCUAACACAUUGGCACCAUCAGAAUUACUUAAGUUACUCAAAUCAAUAUGUUAUCAUGCAAAAAUUAAUCACGAACCUUUGAGUGAUAAACAUGAAAGAUUGCUGGAUCUUCUUGAUCAUCAUACUGGUAAUUUAACGAAUGAUGAAUUAUGGCUGUUACUGAGAACACUUGCAAUGUCAGCUUUACCAAUACAAAAAUCAAAGAAACUUCCAGCUCUAGUUAAAUUAGAAAAUCAUUUAAAUGAAGAAUGUCAAAAGAGAAUGAGAAAAGAUUGGACAGUUAGUGAAGUAUUAAUGACUUGUGAUAUGUUUUAUCAAAUGCGUUUACCAAGAGGUCCAUUUGUAAAUGGUGCUCUAAAAAAACUUGGAACAAAACCACAAAAAUUAACAGCUGAAAAUUUUGUUCACUACAUGUUCUUAUUAAAUAUUGGUAGAAAACCAGCAAUCAAUAUGUAUGAGUUGGAAUAUCAUUUAGAAUCUAUCAUCAAUACUUAUACUAUUGAAGAACUUGGUAUCAUUGGUUUAGGAUUUUUCAAGACAAAUACUAGAAUUAGAAAUCCUGCAUUACUCAAUCAUAUGAUUAAACUUUGUAUAGAAAAUAUUGAUACUAUUGAUAAUUUUAUUAUUUGUGCAUUUAUGAAAGUAUCAAGACAAAGCUUGCAAAUAAAAGAGACAGAAGUAUUUAUAAAAUUUCUAAGAGCAUUUAAAUCACGAAUCAGUACAGCUUCAACUGCUUGUAUUGUUCAUGCUGCUCAUGCUGCAGCAACAACUUUGAUAAAUGAAAAAGAAGUUGUUGAUUUAUUGAUCAACAGAUUUAUGGAACAGGCAACGUCAUCUAGACUAAAGGAUUUAGAAAGAAUACUUUUCGUUUUGAUGAUAUUCAAGUAUCCAUCAAAUCAUCCACUCUAUUCAAUAAUAAUUGAUGAACUUAAAAAUCCAAAUCGCAAAGAUGAAUUAUUAAUGUAUCCAAAAACACUUAGUUCAUCAUUGACAUAUCUCAGUCACGUUGGAAUUUAUCCACUUGAAAUAAUAAGUGAAAUAAUGGAUCCAGAUUAUCUUCAUAAAGUAUAUGAUAAUAAUUCAUUUUUCAUUGGACGUGAAUAUUUAGCAAUUGAAAAUGGUUUAAAAAUUGAAGAACCAAAUUAUAAAGGUCCAUUUUUACCACUAAGAGUUAUAAGUUAUCUUGGUAAACGUCAUUCUGCUUGGAACAUUGAUGUAUCUGAUAGUCAUGAUGAAUUUAUUCAGGGUAAUCAAAAAUAUGUUACUGAAAUAAUACAUUAUAUCAAACAAAUUAUUGGUAAUGAUAAAAUAAAAACAGAUCAAAUAUUACCACAUCAUCAACGUAUUGAUAUAAUAUGUUGUAUUGAUAAAGAAACAAAUGAAUUUAUAGCAGUUGAUAAAAUUUAUCCAAAUUUACCAAUUGGUGCAAUUAAAUAUCCACCAAAUACUGAUAAAUAUAAAUGGAUUGCAAUAGUACCUACGUCUUACAAUCAAACAUAUCGUAAUGAAUCAGAACCUUGUGGUACUUUAAACGGUAAAAUACGACAAUUAAAAAAAGUUGGAUAUACACCAGUAAUAUUACAACAUAUUGAAUGGAAAAGUCACAAAAAUCCUCCAGCUAAAAAACAAUAUAUGAGUGAUUUUAUUUUAGGAUGUAAAAAUUUAUAA